AUGGAGCGGGGCUCGGAGUCGGCGGCCGUGAGGCGGCACCGCGUCGGAGGGGAGCGCCGGGAGGGCCCGGAGCGGCCGGCGGAGGCGGCGUGCGGCGGCGCGAGGCCGCGGAAGGGGAGCCCGGGCGGCGGCGGUGGCGGCGGCGGCGGUGGCGGCGCCCGUGGCGCGGGGCUGUCCGAGGCGCGCGCUGCGCUCGGGCUGGCGCUCUACCUGCUGGUGCUGCGGGCGCUCGUGCAGCUGUCGCUGCGGCAGCUCGUGCUGCGCGGGGCCGGAGGUGGCGGCGCGGAGUUCGACGCGAGCCAAGCCAGGAAUUACCUUGAACACAUAACGGCGAUCGGCCCCAGGACCACGGGGAGUCCCGAGAAUGAAGUCCAGACGGUUGGCUACCUGCUGGAGCAGAUCCGCCGGAUCGAAGCUCAGAGCCACAGCCUGCACAGGAUCUCGGUGGAUGUGCAGCGGCCCACGGGCUCCUUCAGCCUGGACUUCCUGGGAGGCUUCACGAGCUACUAUGACAACAUCACCAACGUGGUGGUGAAGCUGGAACCCAGAGCCGGCGCCCAGCACGCCGUCCUGGCCAACUGUCAUUUUGACUCGGUGGCCAACUCACCAGGUGCCAGCGACGACGCGGUGAGCUGCUCCGUGAUGCUGGAGGCCCUGCGGGUCCUGGCAACGUCCGCCGAAGCCUUACGCCACGCUGUCGUGUUUCUUUUUAACGGAGCCGAGGAAAACGUCCUUCAGGCCAGCCAUGGUUUCAUCACUCAGCACCCCUGGGCCAGCCUCAUCCGUGCCUUCAUCAACCUGGAGGCAGCAGGUGUCGGCGGGAAGGAACUUGUGUUCCAGACAGGUCCUGAGAACCCUUGGUUGGUUCAAGCUUACGUUGCAGCAGCGAAACACCCCUUCGCUUCCGUGGUGGCGCAGGAAGUUUUCCAGAGUGGCAUUAUUCCCUCCGAUACUGACUUUCGCAUCUACAGGGAUUUCGGGAAUAUUCCAGGAAUAGACUUAGCUUUUAUUGAAAACGGAUACAUUUAUCACACCAAGUAUGACACGGCGGACAGAAUUCUAACAGAGUCCAUUCAGAGAGCAGGGGACAACAUUUUAGCAGUUCUUAAAUACCUGGCUACGUCCGAGAUGCUGGCUGCUUCCUCGGAGUACCAACAUGGGAACAUGGUUUUUUUCGACGUGCUUGGCCUGUUCGUCGUUGCCUACCCGUCCCGGGUUGGCUCGAUAAUAAACUACAUGGUGGUAAUGGCUGUCGUCUUGUACCUGGGCAGGAAGUUGUUGCAGCCCAAACAUAAGACUGGGAGCUACGCGAAGGACUUCCUGUGCGGCCUGGGCAUCACGCUGGUCAGCUGGUUCACCAGCCUCGUGACCGUGCUCAUCCUGGCAGUCUUCAUCUCGCUCAUCGGGCAGUCCCUGUCAUGGUACAACCACUUCUACGUCUCCGUUUGUCUCUACGGAACCGCAGCUGUGGCCAAAAUCAUCUUCAUACACACCCUCGCCAAGCGCUUUUACUUCACGAAUGCCAGUGCCCAGUAUCUGGGAGAAGUCUUUUUCGACAUCUCGCUGUUUGUGCAUUGCGGCUGCCUGGUAGCACUCACUUACCACGGCCUGUGCUCGGCAUUCAUCAGCGCCCUCUGGGUGGCCUUCCCGUUGCUCACAAAGCUUUGCGUGCACAAGGACUUGAAGCAGCAUGGUGCCCAGGGGAAGUUCGUUGCCCUUUACCUCCUGGGGAUGCUCGUCCCUUACCUGUACGCGCUCUACCUGGUCUGGGCCGUGUGUGAGAUGUUCACCCCCAUCCUCGGGAGGAGCGGAUCGGAAAUCCCGCCCGACGUCGUGCUGGCGUCCAUCCUGGCUGGCUGCACCAUGGUCCUCUCUUCUUACUUCAUUAACUUCAUCUACCUUGCCAGAAGCACCAGAAACACCAUGCUUGCUCUGACCGUGGUGUGCGCCGUGACAUUCCUGCUUGUUUGCAGUGGGACCUUCUUCCCGUAUUGCUCCGAUCCCGCCAGCCCCAAACCAAAGCGAGUGUUCCUGCAGCACAUGACUAGAACAUUUCACGGCCUCGACGGGCAAGUCGUUAAGCAGGACUCAGGAAUAUGGAUCAAUGGCUUUGAUUACACUGGGAUGUCGCAUAUCACCCCGCACAUCCCCGAGAUCAACGACACCAUCCGGGCUCCCUGUGAGGAGAGCGCGCCCCUCUGCGGCUUCCCGUGGUACCUGCCCGUGCACUUCCUCAUCAGGAAAAACUGGUACCUUCCCGCCCCCGAAGUUUCUCCGAGAACUCCUGCUCAUUUCAGACUUGUAUCCAAAGAACAGACACCUUGGGAUUCUGUAAAGUUGACUUUUGAAGCAACAGGACCCAGCCACAUGUCAUUCUACGUGCGCGCUCACAAGGGGUCCACCCUCUCGCAGUGGUCUCUGGGCAAUGGCACCCCGGUCACAAGUAAAGGGGGGGACUACUUUGUCUUCUACUCCCACGGACUCCAGGCUUCCGCGUGGCAGUUCUGGAUAGAAGUGCAGGGCUCGGCGGACCAGCCUGAAGGCAUGGUCACUGUGGCCAUCGCCGCCCACUAUCUCUCCGGGGAGGACAAGAGAUCGCCAGCACUGGACGCCCUGAAGGAGAAGUUUCCAGACUGGGCGUUCCCCUCCGCCUGGGUGUGCACCUACAGUGUCUAUGUGUUUUGAUCUUGUGACUGAGCGUGGAGCAUGUGGCCAGUGGAUAAUUCCUGUGACACAGUCUCUCCCUGGGUCACGUGGAUGUUUGUAACUCAAGUCACUGAAUUUUAAUGGAGAAAUGUUGGAAAAACUUCGGUUAGCACUUUUCAGGGCCCAACACUGCAAUGGUUAAGCUGUGGGACAUACAUGGCCUGCUGACACUUGACACUGCCAGUCCUCUGGC